CGAGCAGUAAUCGCACGCCAUUUUCAGUUCUUCGCUCUCACAUUCGUCAAUCUCACACUCAUUAUAUCUCCCCCUAAUUUCGCUCUCUCGUUCGGCCAUCACCCUAUUUCUCCGUCGGUGGAGCUCUCUCGUUUGUGCCGCCCUAAUCUCUCAGAUCAGUUGCACUCCCUAAGCUACCAGACAUCUCGCGUCAUCCGUGGUGCUCUCUCAUUGGGUGCAGAAGUAAAGAUUAAGGGACUGUUGUUGCCCUGUAAUUCUGUUUGCCAUUCUUGGCUGAAGAAGAAGAGAAUAUCAGUGGUCUUUCGAGUAAGUUGAGACACCUGUUUUCAAUCCUCAACCUAGGAGAAUUUUUAAAAUCUGUGUGAUGGCCUGCUCAGAGCCUCCAAACGCAUUGGAGUUCAUGCAAGUAAAUGCUGGCCCUAGGAAGCCCCGGAUUCUUCUUGCUGCAAGUGGAAGUGUUGCUGCAAUAAAGUUUGCAAAUCUCUGUCAUUGUUUCUGUGAAUGGGCAGAAGUAAAAGGAGUUGCCACAGCAGCAUCUUUGCAUUUCAUUGAUAGAACAGCUAUUCCCAAGGAUGUGACCUUGUAUACUGAUGAGGAUGAAUGGUCUAGCUGGAAAAAGCUAGGUGAUAGUGUGCUUCACAUUGAGCUUCGUAGAUGGGCUGAUAUCAUGGUGAUUGCUCCUUUAUCAGCAAAUACUCUAGCCAAGAUUGCUGGAGGGUUGUGUGACAAUCUAUUGACAUGUGUUGUAAGAGCAUGGGACUACAACAAGCCCCUCUUUGUUGCACCAGCCAUGAACACUUUUAUGUGGAACAAUCCUUUCACAGAAAGGCAUCUCAUCGCCAUUGAUGAACUUGGCAUUAAUCUUAUCCCGCCUGUUACAAAGAGGUUAGCUUGUGGGGAUUAUGGGAAUGGUGCAAUGGCUGAAUCUUCUACCAUUUUUUCAACUGUAAGACUCUUUUUUGAGUCAAAGGCUCAUCAAGGUAAUGACAAUAUUUGAUGACCAUGACACUAUCUGUAAUGAUGCUUCGGCAGGAUUUGUUUGUUUGAUGUCGUAAAUCUUGCAUUAGUUUCAUCAUUAUUGUUUUUAGUGAUUGUGAUUCCCUGUAUUUAGAAUGAUCGAUGUUGUUGUGUAUUACUCUGUAGUACGGGUUUUAUGUCUCCCUCAAUAUUGCCACUCGAUUUGUAUGAUAUUUGGAGUACAAGCUCAUGUAUCAUCAAUAUGUCACUAUUUGCUUUGAAAUCUCAGUAAACCUGUUCGUAGAAUGACCA